AUCCCGAUUUACAAAUUCAGCCCAGCUGACAGUACGGGGUCACCAUUCGUUGGCAACUAUGACUCAUACAGGGCCCUGCCUAUCUCUCGCUGGACAAAUGUUUUACAGGACAAUCAAGUGCUCACCCAUCUGCUGCAUCUUUUCUGGACUUGGGAUAGCACACUAUCAAAUAUAGUCGACAAGGGACGCUUCUUUGCCGAUCUAUGUAGUGAUGUUCCUGAGCUCACGCUAGGAAGCCAGAAGGUGUUUUGUUCUUCCUUCCUGGUCAAUGCCAUCCUCGCCGUAUCCGCCUUACAUUCAGCGAAAAAGUGUUACGUCUUCGAUCCAAAUGCUGUCACUCUCGCCCACCAAUUUGCACAAGAAGCGUGUCGCCUGCUCGAGUUCGAUAAAAAUGGAAAUUCAUUGACCUUCUUGCAAGGGGCAGCUAUUCUUUGUUCGGGAUGCGUGGUUAGCCUUGGGCUUCGAAAGGGGCGAAUAUAG